GCCCAGAGUCAGCAUGCCCAGUUUACCCAGCAUGCCUAGAGUCUCCAUGCCCAGUUUACCCAGCAUGCCUAUGGGACUCUCCAUGCCCAGUUUACCCAGCAUGCCCAGAGUCUCCAUGCCCAGUUUACCCAGCAUGCCUAGAGUCUCCAUGCCCAGUUUACCCAGCAUGCCUAGAGUCUCCAUGCCCAGUUUACCCAGCAUGCCUAUGGGACUCUCCAUGCCCAGUUUACCCAGCAUGCCCAGAGUCUCCAUGCCCAGUUUACCCAGCAUGCCUAUGGGACUCUCCAUGCCCAGUUUACCCAGCAUGCCCAGAGUCUCCAUGCCCAGUUUACCCAGCAUGCCUAGAGUCUCCAUGCCCAGUUUACCCAGCAUGCCCAGAGGCGCCGCCGUCAUCUCUGGAUCCCGGAGGCUGCUGCAGGACUUCUGCUCCGUGUUGGACCACCAGACACCUGCAGGGGUGUGCGGCUGCUGCUGGGCGCUGCGUCCUCGCUACAAGCGCCUGGUGGACAACAUCUUCCCAGAAGACCCCGAGGACGGGCUGGUCAAAUCCAACAUGGAGAAGCUGACCUUCUUUGCCCUCUCGGCUCCGGAGAAGCUGGACCGCAUUGCCGCCUACCUGUCGGAGCGCCUCACCCGGGAACUGAACCGCCACCGUUACGGGUACGUGUGCAUCGCCAUGGAGGCGAUGGAGCAGCUGCUGCUGGCCUGUCACAGUCAGAGCAUCAACCUGCUGGUGGAGAGCUUCCUCAGUACACUCCGCCUCCUGCUGGAGGCCGAGAGGCCACACCUCCACAUCCUGGCCACCAGCUCAUUUGUGAAGUUCGCCAACAUCGAGGAGGACACAGCGUCAUACCACCGGAGUUACGACUUCUUCGUGUCCCGCUUCAGUGAGAUGUGCCACUCGGACCACGAGGACCACGAGACCCGCAACAGGAUCCGGGUCUCGGGGAUCCGGGGGCUGCAGGGCGUCGUCAGGAAGACGGUGGAUGACGAGCUGCAGGUGAACAUCUGGGAGCCCCGUCACAUGGAGCAGAUUGUCCCCGCCCUGCUGGUCAACCUGCAGCAGCACACACAGCCCGGCAGUGUGUCUCCAGCAGAGGAGACAGAAGUGUGCUUCAGGGAGCUUCUGGGACGAGCUGCUUAUGGACACGUCAACAACGCCAUCAGACCUGUACUGAUGCACCUGGACAGUCACAGUCUGUGGGAGGGACGAAGCUUCGCCGUUCAGUGUUUUCAGAUCAUCAUGUACUCCAUCCAGUCCCAACAUUCUCACCUGGUGAUCCAGCAGCUGUUGGGUCACCUGGACGCUAACAGCAGGAGUCCUGCCUCGGUCCGGGCCGGCAUCGUGGAGGUUCUGUCCGAAGCCGCCGUGAUCGAGGCCACUGGAUCUGUAGGUCCCACGGUACUGGAGGUGUUCAACACGCUACUGCGUCAGCUCAGGCAGAGCGUCGACUACCAGCUGACCGGUUACUAUGACAACGCCGGGAAGCACAAAACCACCUCGAAGGAAGAGGAAACGCUGCAGGACGCCGUCGUGCAGACUAUCGGAUCCUUCGCCAACACCCUACCUGUCUACCAGAGGUCAGAGGUCAUGCUCUUCAUCAUGGGGAAGAUCCCUGUACCCGGGAUCUACCCCGCCCUGGGGUCGCCCAACACCGGGUUAGAGGGCAGCAGGAUGAUCCAGGUGAUGUUGUUGAAGUCGCUCCUUCAGGUGUCGGAGCGCUAUGAGAGUGGCAACCUGCUGACGGCGUUGCCCUCGUCCUUCCUGGAGCCCCUGCUGUCCUUCACCCUGAUGGAGGACCCGGACAUCCGCCUGCUGGUCCUCUCCAUCCUCACCUCACUGGUGGACCGGCGCCACAACGCCGCCAGACUCACCUGCGCCAGUGUGGCGCUGCACGUGUCGGCGUUGGAGCUGAAGGAGGACCCGAGCUCUCGGCAGGACGUCCUGUUCAUCAGGAAGCACGCUCAGCGUCUCUACAGGCACGUCUACCUCACCUGUAGGGAGGAGAGCAGUGGGCGGGGCCACUACCAGGCCCUCUUCACCCUAUUGGCUGUCGUCAGUGUGGAGCUGGCCAAUGAGGAGGUGCUGGUGGACCUGAUCCGACUGGUCCUCGCUCUGCAGGAGCUGGCAUUAUCCAAUCAGGAGUGUCUGUCGGUGUUUAACCGCUGUGGUAUCCACGCCAUCUGCGCCGCGCUCCUCCACCUGUUGGCCCAGCUGGGCCCGCCUCCAGCUCUCCAGCACCACGUCACUCAGGUGAUAGAGGGUCGUCAUAGCAACGCGUCACACCUGCUGCCUGAUGAGCUCUUCUCUGACAAACACAGUCUCCCAGCUGGUGAGCUGAAGGUAGAUGAAGAGUUGCUGUUUGUCCAAUCAAGGCUCUGCGAGGCUCUGACAGGAAGUAGCUACAGCGCUCACACCGAGCGCAUCAACAUAGCGUACACACCCCAGAUAACAGAUGAGGACCGCCUGUCUAAGAGGAAGAGUAUCGGUGAUGUCAUCUCUCUGCAGAUAGACAUGCAGCCCGAGUUCUGUGCACAGCAGAGCCCUCAGGUGGAGCAGAUCACCUUUGAGACCCUGAAGAGCACCAUCGAAGACAGAGACGGCGAGGAAGAGGAGGAGUUGAGGAAGAGGAGGAUGAAGGUGGUGGAGAGGUUUCAGACUGCUCCCUUUGAGGAGAUCGCCGCUCGCUGUGGAUCCAGGUCGUCCCUGCUUCAGGCUCAGCUGGAGCGGGUCUUCGACCUGCUGGUUGGUCCUCCCCCGUCUCCGCCCGGUCCCUCGCCGCUUCGCUCCACUCCGCUCCACCAGAUGAAGUUCCCCGACCUCUGUGUCUACUGAACGAGUGAAGUGUCUGUUUGGGAAACCAGAGACAUCGAACUCCUGAUGGUUCCAACAUCUCACAGAUAUUCAGCUUUUAAAUGAAGCUCCUUCAGAUGUUCUUUGACCUGAGGGUGCAGCUGUGAAAUGUGAUUUAACAAAGAUUCAGCAGAUCGAAUGCUUCUCUCCUUUAGAGUUCCACAACGUUCAGGUCCAAUGCUGAGGGACCUGGGUUCUCUCUGACCCGGGUCCCUGUAGGCCAGAGAUGUGCAGGAUGACCCCGUCGGAUCCUCUCCUACCAACGAGUCCAGCCAUUUGAUUGGUUUAGCUGCAGGUCUGACGUCGUGAACUUCAUCUGGAGACCAAGUGACUAGAACAGCCGUCAGCGUUCCAACCUUUGUUCUUCAAAUCCUCAUCUUCAUGUUUCAACUCCUCCACACUUUCAUCUAUUUAAACCUUUGAAAUACUAAACCACUUUGAGGACAGUCCAGCUCUGAAGCUUCAGCUUUCUACAUCUUCUGCUUUCAUUCAUAUCAAUCAAAUUCUUUCUUCUUCAACUUUAAAAUGCUUCUUCUUCCUCAAUCUGUGAGAUUUACAUGAGUGUGUGUGGGGCUGGUUAGAGACGACACUGAAGACCAGCCUCCCAAUCCGCUUCAAAAAGACUAUUUUUGUCCUUAUUGCCACAAUUUCUCAUAUUUGGAUAGAAUUGUGGUGGAUGAAGCAGAAGGAGGAGACGUAUGAAGCAUGUCUCAUGAGCAGAGUCUCACACUUCCAUCAGCUUGAUCACGGCUCGCCAUCACCGUGGCAACCGCACCGAGACGCACUCUCUUCUUCAGACACCCCCCCCUCUCAUUCACCAGGCCUGUCAUUUCAAAAUAAAACCCCCCCAGUGGAGUUUCUACCUUCUGAUGGACUGGAGUCAUUCAGAAGCCUCUUCAAACGUCUGGUUGUGUUUCUGUUUCCUCCCUGUUGGCUCUUCAUCUCUCUCUCUCUCUCUCUCUCUCUCUCUCUCUCUCUCUCUCUCUCUCUCUCUCUCUCUCUCUCUCUCUCUCUCUCUCUCUCUCUCUCUCUCUCUCUCUCUCUCUCUCUCUCUCUCUCUCUCUCUCUCUCUCUCUCUCUCUCUCUCUCUCUUUGUCUCUCUAUCUUUAUCACUGCCUCGCUGUCUCUCACUCUCUAACAUAGUAGUCGUGUUAGUUGCUACUACUAGUAUUUCUACUGCUUUUAAUACUACAACUACUACUAAUAUUACAAAUACUUCUAUGAAUAAAAGUGUAAUUGUCACAACAGCUGAUAUUACUACUAGUGUCUACUGCUAUUGAUUCUAAAACUACUAAUACGAGCCGUACCACAACAAGUACUACACCUAAUACUAGUACUAAUAUUACUACAAAUACCUUUCAUCCUUCGGUCGGCAGCUAGUUUGUAGUUUGAAACGUGGGACUCCUGAAAGGAUGCAGUUAACAGACCAAUCACAGCCUUCGGCCUUCAGUCCAUCCCCAAAAAUAAAGUAACAUCCAGCAGAAAAACAGUGGCGGAAGAAUACGUGUAGAGAGGCCGUGAGGAAUAGAAACAGACUACAAACUCAUAACUAUUUCAGUAUAAUCCAGUUUAAAAAGGCGCAGGCAGUAGUGAGGACACGCUGGAGGACGCUUUGUGACAAUAGGAAACCCCAGCAGGAGAAGUGUGAGGGACGAUUAGAAGACGUGGGGACAGAAGAGGGUCCUGUCCUGAAAGCUGAGACAUGAAGAUACACAAUAACAACGUGUCUGAGGAAGAAAAGCAAACAGACGGGACACAAGAUGGGAGGAG